CUUGUGGAAGUUGUCAUGGAGAUAGAACCGUCCCCGGCGUCUGCUCGCUGGGGUGUUGCCAUGGAGAUCCCGGCUCGAGGUCCGCUCACGGCAGUGCUGGAGGAAGAGAGCAGCUCGCGGCUGGGGUCCGAGAAGCGAAUACAGGACCUUGGAGAGAAGCGGUGCCGAGGACCCCCUUUCAGCCAAGGGAACUACUACAUGCUCAUAGUGAUCGGAGAGAUAGCGACAGACCACCAGCUGCAACGCGCCAGAGACCACUUAGAGCGGGGGAUCCGCUCCUGGGAUGUCAGCCUCAAGUCAUGUGACCUGGACCAUCAGCUGCAGCUGUUUGUGACGCGUCACUCCGCCCAGUUCUCCGCAGAGGUUAGAGGACAACGGACUCUCCACCACAAAAGUGAUGUCCUAGAGACUGUGGUGUUAGUCAACCCAUCCGAGGAUACGGUUGCUUUAGAGAUCCAGUCUCUUGUCACAGACUCAGCAGGACAUAAGCUCUUGGUCCUGAGUGGGCAGAACUCAGACCACGGUGAUCUGCUUCUCCAAAGUGGGGUUUUCACCUAUCAGAGCUUCUCACAAGUAUUUGCUGAUCCUGGGGUCAGUGAUUUGCUGGGCGAAGCGGCCCCCGAGCAGCGGGCCACACUCACUGUGUCCUGCCGAUCGGAGGUGGGUUGGAGCUCCCUGGGUCAGCAGCAGCACUUACGGGAGUUCCUUGAGUACAAACUAAACCCAGAGCCAGUGCUCCCCAAGAUGGAGGGAGUCACAGAGUUCACGGAGUACAUCUCCGAGACGGUAGACGUGCCUUCGCCCUUUGACCUCCUGGAGCCGCCCACAUCUGGAGGCUUCCUGAAACUGUCCAGGCCCUGCUGCUAUGUCUUCCCUGGGGGGAGGGGCGACUCGGCCCUGUUUGCGGUUAACGGCUUCAACAUCCUAGUGGAUGGAGGCUCUGAAAGGAAAUCAUGCUUCUGGAAGUUGGUCAGACACUUGGACCGCAUCGACUCGAUUUUACUCACUCACAUCGGUGCAGACAAUCUGCCAGGCAUCAACGGGCUCCUUCAGAGGAAAAUAGCAGAGCAGGAAGAGGAACAGUCACAAGACUCUGCUAGCUACAGUGAUUGGAUGAAGAACCUGAUCUCUCCAGAGCUUGGUGUGAUCUUCUUCAAUGUACCCGAGAAGCUACGUAUGCCAGAAUCAAACCUAAAGGUCAAGCGUAGCAUCGAGGAGGCCUCACUCACGUUGCAGUACCUCAACAAACUGGGAAUCAAGCCGGAGCCUCUCUGUAGACUGGUCAGUAACCCUAUUGAGCCUUUAACUCUUUUCCAUAAGAUGGGAGUGGGCAAGUUAGACAUGUAUGUUCUGAACCCCGUCAAGGACAGUAAAGAGAUGCAGUUUCUCAUGCAAAAGUGGGCGGGUAACAGCAAGGCCAAAACUGGCAUUGUGCUCCCCAAUGGAAAAGAGGGAGAAAUAUCAGUACCUUACCUGACGUCAGUUACAGCAUUAGUCGUCUGGCUUCCUGCCAAUCCUGCAGAAAAGAUUGUCAGAGUGCUGUUCCCUGGAAACGCACCACAAAACAAAAUCCUGGAGGGGCUGGAGAAAUUAAAGCACCUUGACUUCUUGCGAUACCCAGUAGCCACAGAAAAAGACAUUGCAUCAGGAGCUCCACCCGCUGUUGUAAAACAGACAAAGCUGAAGCAAAGGACAGACAGCAAAGAGAGUCUCAAAUCAUCUCCCAAGACUACCAAAGCCCCAAAGAAAGAAGCAGACGAUGAGGUUUCGGCGACCACAGAGGCAAAGAGUGACUCUGUGAAGGAAGAGAGGAAACUGAAAGAGAAUGAAAAACACACAAAAAUACUAAAAUCCAAGACUGAUGGACCAGAAAAUAAAAAACUAUUGAAAGAGAAAUCCUUGAAAAAACACUCAAAGGAAAGGGCAUCCAAGAUGGAUGAGAAAAAAGACAAGGAAAAGAAAGAGAUCAAAAAAGUCAAGAAAGAUGACAUAGCUAAAAAAGAAGACAAAAAAAAAGACCCCAAAGUUGACAAGAAAAAGGACACGUCCAAACCAGAGUUGAGAAAGAUAACAAAGCCUGACCUAAAACCCCUCACACCAGAGGUCAGAAAGACCCUACACAGGGCAAAAGCGUCAAUUAAACCCAAAACCGACAAAAGCAAAGUCAAAACGGCCAAGGCAGAGCCUGCUGAACCCAAAUCUGAGGAACUAGCAGCAGAUAUCAUUCAGCCUGAGCCAUUACAGAAUGGGGUUGUUGAGGGCAUGUCUGCUUCCGCCACUCCAGAGGAUCUUACCAAGCCACCAGAGAGUGCAGUGGAGACACCAGCAGAAGAAAGCGUGACCGAAUCCCCUACCCAGGAGGAGGAGAAAGAACAGGAAACUGUCUCUCAAACUCCAACGGGCACAAAGUCUCCUGAGAAGGGAGCAGCCACAGCAAUGGAAUUUGAGACUGAAUCUCAAAGAAAAGAGGACAAAUUAGCACAAGAGCAUAAAGAAGACUUUCAAGCACAGGAUGUGGAUAUCUAUGAGGAUGAGGGAGCUGCCAUUGAGGACGAUGAGGUGGAGGAAAAAGAAGGCCUGAUAGCAGAGAGGAAAACGGUAGAGGAAGGGAUGGAGGAAGAGGAAGAUAUGGGGAUAGGGGAGGAGGAAGAGGAAGGAGAAGAUAACAGACUAGACAGGAAACAUGAGGUGGAGGAAAUGGAGAAAGCUGAAAAGCCCACAGCUAUGGCUAAAGAGGAAAGCAGAAGGCCUUCAUCCCAGGAGGAGGAAGAGGAAGAUGAAGAUGUUGUUGAAAAGGCCGAGCUGGAAGAGGUAGAAGACUUAGACGUGAUAGCUGAUGAAGAGGUCAAAGACAAACCUGAAGCGGGAGAGAAAGAAACAUCGGCCAAGAACUGGGAAAGCAAAGCAGCCGAACAGACUGCUGGAGCCAAAGAGGAGGAUGAGGAAGAUGAGGAAGGCUACAUCUCAAAUGUUGGAGGCGCUACAGCCGACAUAGUAUCAACACUGCAAGGAGCCGCUGCUGCCGAGCCCAUCUCCUUCAUUCAGGACGAAACCAUUCCGGGCUACUCCGAAACUGAACAGACCAUCUCGGAUGAGGAGAUUCACGAGGAGGCGGAAGACAGGAUACCACACCUCCAAUACGAAGUGGGUACAUAUGACAUCUCUGUCCCAGAUCAGACAGGCUCCUUUGACACCAUCCACGGGAUGAAGGAGAUGCAAGCAGCAGUUAUAGCUGAUGUAACAGCCAAAGGUUUCAUUAGUGGACAGGAACAAGUAUCAGUAUUCACUAACAUCAUGUCUGCUCCCUUGGCUGAGGAAGAACUUGUUUCCUCAGCCACAUCCAUCACGGAGUAUGAUAAAUUGUCCUCCUUUCCUACCUCUAUUGCAGAGGACCAAUUGGUUACUCCCGUCACUACACCCCAGACUGAGGAAACGGGCAAAAGCUCACUGGUUAACGAUACUGUUAACAGCGUUCCCCUGGCAACUCCAACCGAGGCCACACAUGGGAAAGAACACGUUCACUCUGCUGGAACCAUCUCACCAACAUCCUCCUUGGAGGACGACAAGUGCUUAAAGUCACCUCCAUCUGAGGAGUGCCUUCCUGUUGUCUCUGAUGUGAAGACUGAGGAUAAGGUCAUCAAGGCUCACGAUGAAGAGGAAGAAGAAGAAGAAGAAGAAGACCAAACUCCUAACGUUGACAUUUCACGUGAAAAACUACAGGAGAGUUUUGCCUCUCCUCAAACGUUCCAGGAUAGAGAAAGGGAUGUGGAAAAGCUCCCUGCCUCUGAGUCUCACGUCUCCAAACCUGUUCAGGAUUUGAAGCUGGAUCACCCACCAGUUGAUGAGGAGGUACAGCUCUUUAAGUCCAAAGAAGACAUCUCAACGGCAGUGCCUUCAAAACCCCUUUCACCUCCACCCUCUUUCUCAAAGCCAUUUAGGUCAGACUCAGUUACUUCAGAAGGUGAAGAGCGGUGCUUCAGUCCAGACGAUAGCACUGUGAAAAUGGCCUCUCCCACACAGUCUGGACCUCCCAGUGUAACCCACUCUCCAACUCACUCUCCUCUUCAUCAGUCGCCUGUGGAAGAAAAGACCAAGGGCUUCCCAGGACUGGAGCAUCAAACACAGGAGGACGUUCAUGAUUCAGCCACCAAAACAGACGAUGAGGAUGCGAAGAAAGAUCAAGAAGGUAAUAAUGGAAAACUAGAUGCUGACGUCCAGAAAGAAAGUCAACAUGAGUCAGAUGCACCACCAUCUGGGGAGAAAUCAUUUGAAAAAGACUUGCCGGUUACAAAAGUGGAAGAAAAAGAUGGUCUCUCCGCUUCCAAAGAUGAGAUCCAACCGAAACAGGAGACAACUCCUCUUCCCUCUGAGUCAGUCACAGGGAAAGAUGAAGUUUCCGUAUUAGGAAAGGAGUCUUUACGGGAAGACAUUUCUAGUGGUGAGGCUAUACUCGGACACAGUGAUGAGGAAGACGAUGAUGACCAUCAAGAGAAAGAAUCCAAAGUGUGCAGUAAGGCUAAAUUCCCAAAGGAGAAGGAGAGUAGCUUCUUAGAUGAUGACGACGGUGAGGAUGAUGAUGAUGAUACUUCUGAUGUAAAACCCAUAAAACAGGACAUGAAAGAGACAGAAAAGCAUGACACACAUGAGGCUGAAACCACCAAAGAAGAUAAGAAAGAAACAGAAAAAGUUGGUACUACUGAAGCUGAACCCAUCAAGGAAGAUAAAGAUUUGAAAGUGAAGGGAAAAGAGGACAUUCAUGAUGCUGAAUUCGUCAAGGACGAUGAAGAUUUGAAAGUGAAGGAAAAAUGUGAUAUUCAUGAAGUUGAACCCAUCAUGGAAGAUUACGAUGGGAAAGUGAAAGAAAAAUAUGUCAUUCUUGACACUGAACCCAUCAAGGAAGAUAAGAAAGAAACAGAAAAGGUUGGUACUACUGAAGCUGAAACCAUCAAAGAAGAUAAGAAAGAAACAGAAAAGGUUGCUACUACUGAAGCUGAAUCCAUCAAGGAAGAUAAAGAUUUGAAAGUGAAGGGAAAAGAGGACAUUCAUGAUGCUGAAUUCGUCAAGGACGAUGAAGAUUUGAAAGUGAAGGAAAAAUGUGAUAUUCAUGAAGUUGAACCCAUCAUGGAAGAUUACGAUGGGAAAGUGAAAGAAAAAUAUGUCAUUCUUGACACUGAACCCAUCAAGGAAGAUAAGAAAGAAACAGAAAAGGUUGGUACUACUGAAGCUGAAACCAUCAAAGAAGAUAAGAAAGAAACAGAAAAGGUUGGUACUACUGAAGCUGAAUCCAUCAAGGAAGAUAAAGAUUUGAAAGUGAAGGGAAAAGAGGACAUUCAUGAUGCUGAAUUCGUCAAGGACGAUGAAGAUUUGAAAGUGAAGGAAAAAGGUGAUAUUCAUGAAGCUGAACCCAUCAAGGAAGAUAAGAAAGAAACAGAAAAAGUUGGUACUACUGAAGCUGAACCCAUCAAGGAAGAUACAGAUUCGAAAGUGAAGGAAAAAGGUGAUAUUCAUGAAGUUGAACCCAUCAAGGAAGAUAAGAAAGUAACAGAAAAAGUUGGUACUACUGAAGCUGAACCCAUCAAGGAAGCUAAGAGAGUAACAGAAAAAGUUGGUACUACUGAAGCUGAACCCAUCACGGAAGAUAAAGAUACUUGUGGAGCCGAGCUCAUCAAGGAGAAGUGUGAACCUAUGAAAGAAGAGAACCAGAAAGAAAUAGAGACUAUAUUACCUUCUAAAGAUGAGCUCAGCUCUUGUAUCUCUACCUCUAAAGUGGAGCCAGCCUCAGACUCCACCACAACACAACAAAUAGUACAAGAGAAAGAUACAUUUGUGGCUGAACCCAUGAAAGAUGAGACGAAAGAAAAGGAUACUUUUGACACUGAACCGAUAAGAGAAGAUAAAAUAGAAAAAGAGCGAGAUACCCUUGACAGUGAACCGACGAAAGAAGAGCAGAGAGAGAAAGAGAAGGGUGAUACAUGCAUGGCUGAAUCCACCCAGGGGAAGAAUAACGAGGAUACUUUUUUUGAGAUUGAAGUCAGUCAGGAAGAGAAAAUGAGGAAAGAGAAAGAGGAUACUCAUGUGGCUGAUGUCAGUAAAGAACGGAAGAUGGAAAAGGAGCAAGAGAAAGAAGAUACUAGUGAUUUCGAAGACGUGAAAGAUGAGAAAGAUAGAGAUGAACGUUAUGAAGCUGAACCCAUCAAAGGAGAGGAGACAGCAAAAGAAAAUGAAACAGCUGACAAAGUCAAAGACGAGAAGAGCAAGGAAGAGACAGAAAAAUAUGAUUCUCAUGAGAUUGAACCUGCUAACGAGGAGGAAGAACGCACCACCACACAGACAAGAACGGUAGAGAAACUAGAGGUGACGUCUGCGAUAAAGCUCGAGUCUACAUUUCAGGUUCAGUACUCAGACGGAGAUGAGGAGGAGGAAGAGGAAGAUGAAUCCAUUUGCAUGGCUGGUGCAGGCUCAAGACCUUUAUCAGUGGAACCUAGACAAUCAGAGCACGACAUCAUGUCUCAACAUCUGCUCUCAACUCAGCCAUCAGAGAAUGUGCUUAGUGACCAAACGAAGGACCGCCCCUCUGAACAGACCACUGGGCCUGCAUCUUCAUUACCGAAACGGGAGGCCUCUCCUGAAAAAGACAUCAAAGAGCAGCAUAAAGAAGGACAACAUAGACUCUCCCCUGAACUAGAAAAGGACACCAGGACAACUGAGACCACAUCAGGACCCCAUCUCAGCCAAGAGCCCACCAUUGGUUUCCCUACCUUGAAAGAGGAUCCAGUCUCUGCUAUCUCUACCACCAAAGAAGAACCAGUCUCUGCUAUCUCUACCACCAAAGAAGAACCAGUCUCAGACUCCAUCACUACAGACAGCCAGGCUAUAAGUUCCGCACUAUUAAGCGCUGACAGCCAGGCUAAAAGUUCCACACUAUCAAGCGUUGACCACCAGGCUAUAAGUUCAACACUAUCAAGCUCUGACAGCCAGGCUAUAAGUUCAACACUAUCAAGCGUUGACAGCCAGGCUGUAAGUUCAACACUAUCAAGCUCUGACAGCCAGGCUAUAAGUUCAACACUAUCAAGCUCUGACAACCAGGCUAUAAGUUCAACACUAUCAAGCGUUGACAGCCAGGCUGUAAGUUCAACACUAUCAAGCUCUGACAACCAGGCUGUAAGUUCAACACUAUCAAGCUCUGACAGCCAGGCUGUAAGUUCUACACUAUCAAGCUCUGACAGCCAGGCUAUAGGUUCUACACUAUCAAGCUCUGACAGCCAGGCUAUAAGUUCUACACUAUCAAGCUCUGACAGCCAGGCUAUAAGUUCUACACUAUCAAGCUCUGACAGCCAGGCUGUAAGUUCAACACUAUCAAGCUCUGACAGCCAGGCUGUAAGUUCAACACUAUCAAGCGUUGACAGCCAGGCUGUAAGUUCAACACUAUCAAGCUCUGACAGCCAGGCUGUAAGUUCAACACUAUCAAGCUCUGACAGCCAGGCUGUAAGUUCAACACUAUCAAGCUCUGACAGCCAGGCUAUAAGUUCUACACUAUCAAGCUCUGACAGCCAGGCUGUAAGUUCAACACUAUCAAGCAUUGACAGCCAGGCUGUAAGUUCUACACUAUCAAGCAUUGACAGCCAGGCUGUAAGUUCUACACUAUCAAGCAUUGACAGCCAGGCUGUCAGUUUUACACUAUCAAGCAUUGACAGCCAGGCUGUAAGUUCUACACUAUCAAGCUCUGACAGCCAGGCUAUAGGUUCAACACUAUCAAGCGUUGACAGCCAGGCAGUAAGUUCCACUCUCUCGAGCACCGAUAGUCAGGCAGGUGUGGAGGAAUCCACCCAGCAUGAAACACUGCUGCCUUCUAUGACAACAAGCAAAGAAGCAUCUAAUACGGAUGAAAAGACGAAGCAUGUUUCUCAAAAAGGAGAGGAGAAACCAGGCAAGGAAGCUGAGAGGGAACUAGAAACAGAGCGGGAAGUUGCUUCCCCGGGACACACACAACCUUGUUCAUAUUUUCUCUUGGAUAAAGAUUCUGCGAAGUUUCCGGAGGAAGUGGGCCACAUUGAUGCUACAAAAGCAGACAGCGCCUCUGAAAAAGUGGAAGGUUUUGACAAAAUGAGAACAGAGAAAGAGGCGAUCAGUGUGAGCUUGCAAGAAGAAAAUCAGGGCUUUUCUAAGUAUGAACCCUAUGAAAAGCCCAUUUCGAAAGACCAGGCAUCAGACAAUAAAGAAGACCGUGCGGUUUCUAGAGAGUUUGAUCGGUCAGCACAUAUUGGCAUUGAUGAUAAUAGGAGAACUAGGCAGGCAGACGCUGGUGCAGCUGCAUUCGACUCAGAGGACGAGGAAAAAGAGGAACCGCUGUCAUUCAGCAGCGUUGCUUACACUCCCCCACGUUUCACAGAGAGCGAGAGAAGCCCCAGUUGUAGCUCAAGUGCCUUCCCUGAACACAAUGACAAAGAGAAAGGUCAAGAAGAAGAGAGUGAUAGGAAGGAGGGACAUGCUACACCACACGUGGAAAACAGCUUUGCAUAUUCAGAAACUCAAGACAACAAAACCACCCCAGCAGAGCCAUGCUCAUUACCUUUCAAUCUCAAAGAAGAUAAACCUGAAAAAGUUGAGAAAGAUGAAAUGAAGGACGAUUCCUGGUCGGCCCCUCAAACAUCUACAGGAGAGACGGACAAGACUGGAGCAUCUCCUAGUAUAGAGGAGUAUCUGCCAGUCCAGUCAGGCAGAAAGGAAACAGCCUCUCUGUCAUGGGGCCAAUCCAACCUUGGUGCCCAAGCCUCAGCUACUGCCAUGCCUUUUGAAGACGUCCCCGAGAAGCAGACAACAGAGAAGGAAAAAGAUGAGCCAGUGAAAGACAAGUUGGAUUCAUCUGAUAGUGAGCGAGGAGACUCUCCCUCUGGUCGCUACUCACCAGCGGAGAAAGACAUGUUACCUCAUCAAGUUUUGCCUAAGGAAAAGGAAAAUCAGGCUACUGCUGCCCCCCUGGCCGCAUAUUCAGGACAUCUCAUAGACGAUAAUGUUCUUGCAUCUGAGAACACUCAAAUUGGCAGCUCUAUCACCAGUAAAUCUACAAUGGGCUAUUCUGAGAGAGAAGACACUCCGGACAGUGUAUAUAAGAGGCUACUGGUGGUAGGAGAGGAUUAUGAUGAUGAUGAUGAUGAUGACGAUGAAGAUGAAGAUGAGGACGGUGAAGAUGCGGAGGAAGAAGAAGAAGAAGCCAGUGAUUUAGAUGUGGAGAAGGGUGCGAGAGAGCAGUCUGAAAAAGAAAUCUGUAAAACUACAUCGGAUGAUACCACACCUUAUAAACUUCUUGUUACAGAAGAAGAGGACAAGAAGGCCCUCUCACCCGAACCCAGCCUCCUCAAAAAGGAGGAACCUACCCAUUCAAUGACCACAAGCAGCCCUCCACUGGUAGAUACUGCAGAUUCCCUUUUGAAGAAUGUAGUUGGUGCCUCGUCACUCCAGUCUGGCAGUUCCACUGCGAUGGAACAAACAGGUUCUGGAGGAUAUCCUUCUGAAUCCUCAGAGUAUUCCGAGGACAGCCAGCUGGGGUUAAAGGAGGAGAGGUUUGACAGUCCUGACCUAUCUCUGCCCACCAAGUCCAGUGAAGAUAAACAUUACAGUCAGGGAGACAUUGAAGCUGAGAGGCAGAGAAGCCCAGAUACCGCUAGUCGAGAACCUGAAGAAGCUCCUUCAUCUUACCUCCCAUCUGCCUCAGCUUCUCUAUCAACCAGCCACCAGUUUCGAGAGGAGGUACAGACUCCCGUCACAGUGUCUAGUGCCCCCUACAGGACAGAUUCUGAGGUUGCUUCCAUGGAGUAUUCUUCAUUCAAAGAUGAAGACUCCUCAGUCAAGCACUCAAUCCUCUCAACCUCAGGGGUAAUACUAAAAGAGGAGUACCUAGAAGCCCCUGAAAAGCUUACCUCAACAACUACAACUCCAUUCAGUCUGACACAAGUCUCUCCAGUCUUACCUACUCCAGCCGAAGACACUAUUCAACAAGACACAUCGUCAAGCCCUAAAAUGGACAAGGGUCAGACCUCUGAUACCUUUCAUAAACUUGAGGGCAUUGUUGAAACCAAAACCAUGUCUGCUGGGGCUUCAGAACCAUUAAGUUCCCAGCUGUCCAAACCCGCUGAAACCAUAUCCACUUCGAGGGCUCUCUUUGAUGUUUCCCCAUUGCAAAGAGCUGACUCUCCUGACAGAGAAUCCCAGGGCUCACUGGGCAGCAAAGAGUCCUACACUUAUGAAAUGGAGGACAGUACUCUUCCAUGCCGCAUUGAAUGCCAGAAAUCUUCAGUGACAGAGCAAAAAGAAGGCAUGCUGUCCAUGACUGAGACACACAUGGUCACCAUCAUCUCCAGUACAACCACAACAGUGACCCAAUCUGAUGUGGUGACAAAACCACAGGAGUCAACUGAAGCCUCUUCCAAUGGGCCUACUGAGGUUAGCACAAGUGCCCAAGAAGUCUUCAGUGGAGCAAGCAAAGCCUCUUGUGCCACAAUGUCAGAUCUACCUAAAUCUGAUCUGCUUAAAUCUGAUCAGAAAACGGAGGAAGAAGAAGAAGAGACAAAGAAAGAGAAAGAUAAGAUGGAAAUGACAGAGGAGGAGAAGAAGGAGAGCAAAGUGGAGACCCUAAAGGAGGACAAGGAAAUGCCAGAGCAAAAGGAUAAGAAGAAAGAGAUGGAUGAGAAGAAAGAUAUGGAUGAGAAGAAAGAGAUGGCUGGAGAGAAAGAAAAGGUAGAGGAAAAGCAAUUGGAGAAAGACGGGAAGGAGGAGGAGAAGAAAGAUCAGACUGAUGAGGAGAGUGAAAAAGAGAAGGAAAGGAAAGAGGGAGAGAAAGAGAAAGUAGAGGAUAAAAAAGCAGAGAAACAGGAAGAGAAGAUGUCCGAAAGGAGAAAGAGUAGCUUAUCUGACUGGGAAUUCCUACAAGGGCCGGGCGCAUGUCCAAGCGCCCCUCCAGGCUAUGAAGACGACAGGGAAGAGGAGGAGGAGGAAGCGCACGAAACUGAAGAAGCAGAAGAAGCAGAGGAAGAAUAUGGUCAAGAAGAAUGCGUAGCUCCAGGCCAGCCCACCCCUCUGUCCACAGCAGAACAUGCCCACCAUACAAAGGCAUCUGCCAAAACAGAUGGAGAAUCCAGUCGUCCCACUGACCUGCAUAUGGAGGCUACCUCCUCGUCCCCCCCUAGCUACUCCUCAUGUGAAUACAAACACCGCAAAGGAGAAAUCUCCCCAUCCUUCAUCAACCCCAGUCCACACGCCCUCUCCAGCGAUGACGGCGAAGAGGACAAAGGGAGCGACCACUCUCUUGAGGGGGAUGAAGACGACCGCGAACAACACUCGGUCAAGAGGAGGUCUCACAAGCAGAAGCGACAUCUCACUCAAUGUGGAGCUACUGGAGCAGGGGAGGGGUCGCAACCAGUUUCCAUGCCUCCUGGUGGCAUGGCAACUGGACUCGGGGUGGUGCUAGCUGGAGAGGAGACGCCUCCCACAUCAGUGAGCGACUCGUUAGCAUCGCAGUCUGACUCAGACGUACCUCCAGAGACCGAGGAGUGCCCGUCAAUUACAGCAGAGGGAAACCUGGACUCAGACGAAGAUGCAGAACACCUGCCGGUGGAUAAACUAUCUGCCUCCGCCACCGGAGGGGGCCAUCAACCCCCCUCGCCCAGAUCAGCUGCGAAGGCCCACGACCCCCUACCUGCCCCUAUGAAGGACCCCCUCCCACACCCGCCACACCCUGACGUGUGCAUGGUGGACCCAGAGGCCCUCCCUAACGACCAAAGCAGCACUGAGAAACUUCUCAAGAAGGAUCACAAGACCACCAAGAGCCUACGGAAGGGCCUGGGCAAGCCUAAGUCUGCGUCCCCAGCCCGGAAGGGGAAGAGGUCCACCACCCCUGUGAAGCAGACCUCCAAAGACUCCUCGCCUCGAUCGGCCUCUCUGAGAAGGAGGGACACGGAAAGGAGCUCCAGGCUGACGCAGAAGUCCGAGGGCCUGGGAUCCAAGGGUGACCUACACGCUCCAGGGAAAGGCCUGGUGAACGGCGUCAAAAGCAAUUUGGGUACCAACUCCCAGAAAUCUAGUUCAGCCGUCCCCCCUGGGCCUCCAAUCUAUGUGGACCUGGCCUACGUGCCCAACCACUGCAGUGCCAAGAACGUGGACCAGGAGUUCUUCAAGCGGGUGCGUGCUGCGUACUACGUGGUGAGCGGCAACGACCCGGCCGGUGGCGAGCCCAGUCGUGGUGUCCUGGAUGCCCUUUUGGAGGGCAAGGCCACAUGGGGCUCCAAUCUACAGGUGACUCUGAUCCCUACUCAUGACACGGAGGUGACGCGGGACUGGUACCAGCAGACGCACGAGAAACAGCAGGACCUGAACAUUAUGGUCUUGGCCAGUAGCAGCACAGUGGUCAUGCAGGAUGAGUCCUUCCCUGCCUGCAAGAUUGAGUUCUAAGUUCUGUACCCGUUGCUAUUUCCUCCUCCCCUCAUCCAUGCUACUCUUUAUCAUCCCAUAUGUAAGAUUCCAUUGCAUUUGCUGCCGUCUUCGGCAUGUGCACUGGCUUCCAACUGGUCAAUGUUAUCUGACAACAGCCAGCUACAGUAUGUCAGGCAGAAACAUAGCUAAAGUACAGGAUACAUGGUAGCUGUACAAAGGUGUGAUGUAUAUUUGUUUCAAUUAUGCUUUCCAUUUAAAUAACAUACUUGCACGAUAAAAACACCUCUUUAUUAGAUUCGGUCUUAAACAAUAUAGUUUUUUUUUUCUUCACAUAUCACCUCUCCAACGUGCACAUAUUCUGAUCACGCACAUCAUCCGUGAUGAGGAUCAUUCUCAAUAGUUAUUUCAGCUUUCAAAUCACUGUACUGCACCUCAAAUCCACAUCUAAAUGGACAACACUUUCCAACUAAUAGUGCUAUCUUAACAAUGUAUCGAUUUGUUGUUGGGGCAUCUAGUGCCUAAUGCUCCAUUAAGAUCGUGCACAGUUAAGUCACAUUCAACAUGUGAAACUUAAACACUCUUACUUAUUGUCUUAAACUCAACAGAGAAAUACAAAAUGAAAAUAAAAUGUAUAAAUCGCUUAUCCAAAGGGCCAAAGUAAGUGCCAAAACAGUCUUGAGGUAAGACAGUGGCUGUGUCCGAAAUCUGGCUUGCCUACUACUUACCUAAACUGUAUACUGCGUACUAAUUGUACUACAUACUACAAUGUACUUAGUAAUAAAAACGUAAUAAAAACGUAUGCAGCAAGCAACAAAUAUCAACAUACUACUCGUCCAUAAUGAGAAGGCAUAAUCAAACGUGUUAUCGCACUUGGUCCCACGUCAUUUGUUCAUUUUUUGUAAAGCACAUCUGAUUAUCAGCUGGUGUCGAACGAGCGCGGGUGUGAAAAAACGAUUCACUUCCUCAAUAGUGUGUAGUAAAUUCUACCAGACGAACAGCCUAAAUAAGUAUGACAUCUGGGCAUUUCAUGAAUACUCGAUUUUUCGAAAUUUCACAUACUCAAACGGCCUACUAUUUAGGAUGCAAGUAUGGAUAUUCGGACACGGCCAGUUGUUAACACUCUCCAAAAUAAGUCCAAAACCAUUACGAGAUGAACAGUUACUUGAUCUCGCUUGUACGCAGACUACGCACAAUGUUGUAUAAUGGUAGUAGCUUAGUAAGUAUCCUAAAUUGAGGCUUUGUUUUCGAUAUAUAAGACAUUACUCCUGUUAGGAGAUAUUACGUAAGAUGCAGCUCUAGAUGCUGUACCGUUUGACUUUGUCAGUACUCUUAACUACGUCAACUAGUGUUACAGAGGACUAUUACCACAUAGCUUGUCGUGAGGCUUUAGGAGGGGCCUGAAAGUGCUACUUUCAGUUUAAAUAACUAGCUAGCUUUUAUGAAUUAUUUUUCCUCGGUAGCUGAAGCAUGAUUCUUGCAUUUAGCUCAGACUCCUCCCUCGAGUAGCCUAUAAACAUGUUCCAAUACCUUACCGUUUGGCUGUGUGUUUGCUAAAAUGAACGUUACACUGUAGGCACCAGGCAAAGAGAUGGUUCUCUUGUAUUAGCUAUAUUUCUGCUGGAUGUAAUGGUUCUUUAUCAAUAUAUGAAGCAGUGGAGGCUGCUGAGGGGAGGGACAGCUCAUAAUAAUGGCCGGAACAGAGUCAAUGGAAUGGCAUCAAACACCAUGGAAACCAUGUGUUUGAUGUAUUUGAUACCAUUCCACUGAUUCCGCUCCAGUCGUUACCACGAGCCAGUCCUCCUGUGAUCUGAAGCCAUUACCACGGUCUUUGUUGGUAUGUUGAUAUGUUGAUACAUGGAGAGAUUGUGUAACCCAUUAGAGAAGGAUGUUUAAAUGAAUGCAGUUGAUUGGUCGGGACAGAGGCAACCGAGAUGAAUGUAUUACGUUUGAUGUUUUCUCCCGUUUUCAGUUCAAUUAUACUGUCUGUAUGAAACUAUUUAAUGAAUUGAUGGAAACAUGACAGGGGUGGUAGACAAUCGCUCUCAUGUGCCUUCUGGUUGGGGUAUUGGUAUUGGUCAAGGGUUACUUUUAAAGUAGGCAUUGUGGAGAGGGGAACCUGGAUGCAGGGAUAACACAAGAAACUGUAGAGAGGAACCUGGAUCCAGGGAUAACACAAGAAACUGUAGAGAAGGGAACCUGGAUCCAGGGAUAACACAAGAAACUGUAGAGAGGGGAACCUGGAUCCAGGGAUAACACAAGAAACUGUAGAGAAGGGAACCUGGAUCCAGGGAUAACACAAGAAACUGUAGAGAGGGGAACCUGGAUCCAGGGAUAACACAAGAAACUGUAGAAAGGGGAACACUUUAGAAUAUCAAACAAAUCCAUAGUUGUUGUCCAGGAAUACUGCAUCUAGUCUGAUCCAUGUGGAUGUAUGCUGAAUACUGUAUACUGUAUACACACAGUUGGUAGGUGAGCUUAGCGAGCAGCUAGGUGCGGUAGCCAGCUUAGCGAGCACAUUUAGCCAGCACGUUUUAUAUUCAGUUUCUUAUCAGUUUAUUGCUGGUUAGCAUUUGUCCCCUAUCUUAAAGUGCCGCCCAGAAAAUGCAUCAGACAAUAAUGUGGUCAAAGAGCAAGAAUGUACUUUUCAAAGGGGAGACGAGGAGCUUCGGAGUGGGGCUGUGGUUCUAGUGAGAGAAGCACACAUGUUAUUUUUAUUCAGCGUUCUUUACCAUAACGUGGACUAUGGUAGCCUUUGAUUUUAGAACAGGUGGCUAGAGCAAACGCUCCAUACUGUAUGUGAAGACGUUCCAACAAUAACACAAGGUAGAUAUUUAUCUAAUAAAAACCAACUUUUCAACCCUAAGAUCAUAUUUAUCAAACGAACAUGAAUGUGAUGUUGUUGAUUGUAGUGGAUAGAGAUGUGGCACGUGUACCACAGGUCUUACAAGUAGAAUGACGUUUUGCGUUGUAGUACGUGCUUGAGUGACACACACACACAGAGAGACAGGGACAACAUAGUGUGUCUUCAAAGUUACCGUUUGCGGUGGGUAAUCAGAGGUGGAGCUUCUUACUUUGUCGCACUGCUCAUUGGAGCUCAUUACAAAACGUGAUUCGGAUUUGCGUUAAAUUCCAUAGCGAUUAUAGAGUAAUUAUUUAGUUUGUUUUAUGUUUUAUUGUACUUUUCUGGUCGUUUUUUUGUAGUUGUAUUAGUUAAAUUAAUUGAUGUAUAAAUUAUCAGUAUUAGAUUUUUUUAAUUGAUUUGAAUCGUUUUUCAAUAUUUCAGUUACAUGUAGGACUAACAGUUAUGAUUGUCUCUUUUGUUUACAUUUCUUAGAUUGUAUUUUUGAAAAGACUGGCUAAAAAUAUGUUUUAUAAUAAGCGUCUGAUUUUCAGCAUUCUUUUUUGCUUAGUGAUUCUUAAAUGUAACGUGUUUCUGUGUAGAGCUGCUGUGUUGUGUGUUUGGGGCUCCUGGCUUGAGGCCAGAGAGAGUGGACUGGGAGGGGCAGACAGAUAUUGCUGGAGACACUGUCUAUGACUCAUAGUCUGCAGACGCACAGACAUCCUUUACAUCGACCUGCAAGAGGAACAUUCUCUCCCUCUAUCGGAUCCAGAACCUAACGGAGUCUCCUCUUAGGCUAAACCCAUAAAGCCACAGUCUGUAGCCAUCUUGCACUAGCCUGAGAACAGUGCCAUCUUUGUCCUUUUUUUUCUCUUCUCAACUUACUCAAAUGUACGCUGCUAUAAUAGGCUGCAGGACAGCUUCCCCCAGGUCUGUUCCUAGCCCGGCCCACUCUGACUAGCAACGCGGCAGAGCUAGUCGGACUCGCGGCUCCGGCUGAAUGGUUUCUUUCAGUAUUAUUGAGAUACUCAAUUUUGUUAGCUUUAGAGUUAGUAUGCACUGCGAAUGCGUUGAAAUGCUUGUCAUGUUGAUUAAUAGGAAGGUCAGACUAGCUGCUACGCUGAGUGAGAGAGAGCAUCUCUAUCCCCCGGGGAUAGAGAUGGAGGAUGUUUAUCAAAUCGCUGUGUAUGCGCAACUACAUGUCCCGGGAUAGAGGGGCCACACUAACCCUACGACAGGUUGUUAGUGAAGGUAUAAAUACAUGGCCUUGGAUAUAUUACAAUGUCGUCACGAACUACGGUUUCUAAACGGAUCAUAUCAAUCUAAGUCUCUCUACCCCUUUUUGGCACUCUAUAUCUAGUACAGGGUAGGUGUGUAGGAAAUCUGAACCAGGCUCAAGAUUGGCUGUUUAACGUAUACUGUCUAUGGCAUGGGUUUUCUGAAUGGGUUGAUAUGGUGUAUUGUCCUCAAGUCUGAGUUUUGUUUUAAGUUGUCGUGGAGCAUCUUGGUGGUUCGAUUCCAAAUACCCAGCCUUAGGAUCAAGCACCCUGGGGCCUUGGCAGAUGGCUGUGAAAUGCUAAAUAAAAAAAAAAUAUCCAAAAUAUGACUUUGCAGAAUGCACUAAACCUGAAAUAAUACUAUUGGUACAGUUGGUACUAUACAGAAUGCUGCUGGACAAAAAAAACAAACAAAACAGAAUUGUACGCAAAUAUCUAAGAGAUAUAUCAGUGGAGGAAAGCCUAAGGAAGAGACAGACUACUGUAUUCAGAUUUAAUUUCUAGAACAAUGAUUGUAACUCAAAACGGAUAGCACAGUUUAUUCACAUUGCAGUGGCUGUUGUUUCAUUUGCGGUUCUGUCCCAAGAGGAGAAAACUGUCAUUUAUGACAACACAAAGACUUGGUGUCCUAUACAAACAGAAACAUACUUACAAUAACACAGAAACUAACUGCAGCUGAAACUUUUCCUGAAUAUGACUUGAAAAACACAUUGGAGACAGAAAAAAAAUAACGAUUUAGUCAAAUGAAUGAUACAUGUACAUUUAUGUACUGUACACAACUAUGUAUAUACACCUUAAAACAAAAUCUAAAUAGAUAUGUUAUGACGCGUAUGCUCCUUCUUGUUAUUUUAGCAGAUUUUAAUCAAGUGUAUGAUCAAAACUUCCCAAGCCUUGAACAAAGAAACAUAGCCAAUGAUAACUAGGUAGCUUCAGAUGAAACAUAAACGGCUUUCAGUUUCAAUUCCAUUCUCCCCAACUCUCUCAUCAUAAAAAGAUUUAACUCUUUUGAACAUAUAUCAUUGUCCCAUCUUAUCUCUCUGCAUGUGAAGUAUUUGGUUAUAAUCCUGAAUGUAAUUGUUUAUUAACAUGAAAAUGAAAACAGGAAAUGCUCUUUUAAAAUGGUAUAUUUGAAACAGCUGAUUGUUUAACUGAUACUGGGAUGGCAUAUAUUAUAACUGUGCUGUGCGUGACUGUUUUGCCCUAAGAUGUUGUUAUAAUAAAACAUGUUGUAGUUCUUGGGUCUUUGUCGCUGUAUUAAUCUUAGUUCUGUUACUAUCUUCAGUGCAAUUGUAGAAAAUUCUCUCCCUCUCUCUCUCUUUAAAUCUAAAAUGCUAAACUACAACUAGGCCUACCGCAGAUUAAUUGUAAAAGGGAAACAGCCUGGUGAUCACCCAAUAAAAAUGCAUUUAUUGAAAUCAGA